UCACCUCCUCUCCACAACUUCACUCACUUUCACAUAUAGUUUCUGUGAAGUUUCAAUCCAUCUUUUCAAACUUGAUAUACAUAUCCCUUUUACAUCAUCACCAUCAUCAACAUGUCUCCCGCAGCUUUUGACGAGAAGGAGCUGGCUGAGACUCCCCUCACCCAGACAAAGUCCAACACCAACAAUGCUCGCUCGGGCUCCCUUGCUGUUGGAAGCAGCGAGCUUCCCAUCCCUGGCGAUGCUCACGAUGACGGCACCGCCAACGCCAUCGAGGUCCCAGCAACCCGCAGCGCCAUUGCUGACACCACCAACUACAUGCACAAUCUUUCCCUCUCGCCUUCCAUGAAGGAGAGGAGAGGAUCCCGAAACUCCUUCGGUACCUCACUGCCCAUCCCCCGCUCAAAGAGGCAGUCAAGGUUGUCUUCCGUACACUACCCAGAUGGCCACGGUGCUGCCAAGCGCCCCGGCAUGCCCGCCAUCCAGCCAUCUCGUGAUAUCAUCGCUGCUCAGCUUCAAGACUUGGCUAGUGAGAAGGUUCACGCUGCCAAGGACAUGGCUUUCGUCUUCGACAUCGAUGGUGUCCUUGUCCACGGUGACCGUCUCAUUCCCGAGGGUCAGCGCGUCCUCGAGAUCUUGAACGGAGACAACCAGCUCGGCAUCAAGAUUCCACACAUCUUCCUCACCAACGGUUCCGGUAAGCCUGAGCAGGCUCGUGUCGACCAACUGUCCAAGAUCCUCCACAACCCCAUCUCCACCGAGCAGUUCAUCCAGUCACACACUCCCAUGCGUGCUUUGGCCGAGUACUACAAGACCGUCCUUGUUGUCGGUGGUGAGGGCUACAAGUGCCGUGAGGUUGCUGAGCAGUAUGGCUUUGAGGACAUUGUCGUCCCCAACGACAUCGUUGCCUGGGACCCCACCAUUGCCCCUUACCGUGUCUUCACUGAGGAGGAGCGCAAGACUUCCCGCCCCCGCGACUUCAGCAAGACCAACAUCGAGGCUAUCAUGGUCUUCUCUGACAGCCGUGACUACGCCACCGACAUCCAAAUCAUCAUGGACCUCCUCCAGUCCGAGAACGGUCGCCUGGGCACCAGGGCCAAGGACCCCGUCUCCCAGCGCAUCCCCAUCUACUUCUCCCAGGGUGACAUGCUCUGCCCCACCGAGCACCCCUUCCCCCGCAUGUCCCAGGGUGCCUUCCGCAUUGGUCUCGAGGCCAUGUACAAGUCGCUCACUGGUGUUGAGCUCGAGCGUGUCGUCUACGGUAAGCCCGAGUUGGCUACCUACAAGUACGCCGACGAGGUCAUUGCCAGCUGGAUGGAGACGAUCCACAACGAGGAGAAGCUGCCUUCUCACAUCUACAUGAUUGGUGACAACCCAGCCUCCGACAUCAUCGGUGGUAACAUGUACGGCUGGAACACUUGCUUGGUCCGCACUGGUGUCUUCCAGGGCGGCGACAACGACGAGAACAACCCCGCCUCGUUCGGUGUCUUCAAGAACGUUCUCGAGGCUGUCCAGACUGCCAUGAAGAAGGAGCUUGGCGAGGACUUCCAGUUCAAGUUUGAUGAGAAGAUCAACCCUGUUAUGCAGGAGGGUGGUGUCUCUGCUAUUGCCUAGAGUACUCUGACUCUCUUGCUUUCAGCAACAACCUUGAUGUGACGAAAAGGUUUUCCUUUAUUGCAUUUCUACGGCGUUUUGUUUUCUUCCUUUUUUUCCCUUUGAUGGUCGAUAUAUCCUUUGCAUAGCGCGCAUCGCUUGCAUUAUAGAUUAACGAAGCUUCUUUUUCUUUUUUUCCCUUCUUUGGCUGAAUACACGAGAUAAAAGUCUCCUUUGGGGCUCUUGUUAUCUUAUUAGUUUAUCAAUAGAUCUCAUGAAUUUUAAGGAAAAAGCUUCUUUUUUUUUCAAACUACACAUCUCGCUCUCUCUACUU